UUGAGGUAUGCACAUUGUUUUAGAUAUUUCUCCCCUCAUGCGCAUACUUCAAGCAACUCAAGCGCAUGAGACAAGAAAGUCAAGCACAUACCUCAAGCGUUUUGCAUGAGUAAGAAAUUCAUGUGCAUGGAGACAAAUCUUGAGGUAUGUGCUUGCCCAUGUGCUUGAGAAAAAAAGCUUCACUAGGGAUCAGAUAAAAGUGGUAAAACAUAUGAACAAAUAUUGAAAACAAUUAUUGAACAAGAAAAUAAAUAUAAUAUUGUUGUUGAACCAAAACGUGCUGUAUCCGAUUUCGAACAAGCAACAUUUAAUGCAGUGAGUAAUAUAUUUCCAAAUUGUAAAAUUUCUGGUUGUUUCUUCCACUAUUCGCAAAGCUUGUGGAGACGUAUACAGACAGGUGGCUUAAUAUCAUAUUUAAAAGUUAGUGAUUCGAAAUGUACAGAAAGUUCAAUUAAUUGGUUUCGUGGUGCACUUGGCUUAGCGCUGAUACCGUUACAUAUUGUUAGUGAAACAUGGGCUAAUAUUAUGUCAGAAUAUACACCAGAUGAUCCAGCAGCCACAACAUUCAAUGAUUAUAUAACAGAUACAUAUGUUGAUGAUGACGCUAUAUUUCCAUCGUUUAUUUGGAAUGUUCAUGAUUUAAUUAUUACUGAUCAGCCGCGAACAAAUAAUCAUGUCGAAGGUUUUCAUAAUCGAUUAAAACAGCAUUUUAGUGUCCAUCCACAUAUUUAUGAGUUUAUCGAAGCAUUAAAAGAAGAAAAUGAAUAUAAUUGA